AUGCCCCGCGUCUCGAAACACCGCCGUUCCAACGGCGCCUCCACCCCCCAUAAGAAUUCACCGUUAAAGAUCCCCCUCAACGAUGAUAUGGGAGAGAAGGCGGCCCGUAUGGAGGCCCGUCAAGCCCGACAUGACCGCCAGAUGGAUCAGAUCAAGGCCGCCGUGAAGACGCCUAUGCCGCCUCGAAGAUACAGUGCCUUUGACCGGGCAGGGAGCAUGAGUCCAGCGACACCACGGGGCUCGGGUCAUCGCCACCGUGAAAGCGACGCUGAUGGUCUCCGCGGCGUGACCCCGAUGAAACGGGUGCCUAUCCUGGCAAAUUUUGAGGAAUGGAUGAAGAUGGCUACUGACAACAAAAUUAACGCGAAUAAUUCCUGGAACUUUGCUCUGAUUGACUAUUUCCAUGAUAUGUCUCUUCUGAAGGAAGGAGACGGUGUGAAUUUCCAAAAAGCCAGUUGUACGCUGGACGGAUGUGUGAAGAUUUAUACAAGCAGAGUCGACAGUGUUGCAACUGAGACAGGCAAACUUUUGAGUGGUCUGGCCGAUAGCCGGGAUAGGAAAACGCGCGAAACCGAAGCUGAGGGUGAAGGUGGCGAGGAGGAUGAGGAGGAUGGUGAGGGAGGGACGAGCAGGAGGUCGCGACGAAAGCGCUCACAUGAGGCCACACUUGCACCCUCUUUUGCCUCCCUACAGUUGAAAAAGUUCGAACUCGAGUUUUCCGUCGACCCGCUCUUCAAAAAAGCAUCCGCAGAUUUCGAUGAGGGUGGUGCCAAAGGCCUGCUCCUCAACCAUCUAUCGAUCGAUAGCCAUGGACGUAUUGUUUUCGACAGCAGUGAUGAUGCCACCGAGGAAUCUUCGAAGGACGCAGAUGAUGCUAGGCAGGAUUCAGAGGAGCCUGAGCGAUCGGGUUCUUCUACACCCCAGCCCCCGCCUGCGAAGCAGGCCCGUACAGAUAUAUUCGAAGAUGAUAUGGAAAUUGAUAUCACUCCACUAGCGAGUCAAUUCUUUCCGGACCUGGAGCGCCUUGACGCGCAAGAUAUCUGCCCUUCGCUUAAAAACUUCGACUUGGGAGACCCAAGCGGCUCCUUGGAUAUCCCUCUUUUGAAAGCACCCGAAGAAUGGCGACAUGACAAGGCGCAUGAGGGCGGGCAUCCCUCGAACGAGACAUCUGGCAUCAUGCUUGAUGAUGAUAACGCUGUCGGGUUUGACGAUGAUGAUGAUGCUAGCUUGACUGGCUUUGAUCUCAGCGGGGACACUGGGUUUGGUGAUGGUGGCGAGGCAUGGGCCCGUGAAGCAGCCUUGGAGCCGAUGCUCAAAGUACAUCGUGUGGAUUUAGAAGGCGACGAGAAGGGAGAUGAAAUGGACCUUGAUAAUGAUGAUGCAUACGCCAUAUCCCUGAACCAUCAACCGAGCAACCGGGACCAUGAAAACAUCCUCAGCUAUUUCGAUAAUGCACUGCAGAAGAACUGGGCUGGUCCCGAACACUGGAAGAUCCGCAGGAUCAAGGAGAGCACCGCCGCAACUGCCGCAAACGCAGGACCAAAACCCCGCAAGGAGAAAGAGCCAUUUGAGAUCGAUUUCAGUGCGCCUUUGGAUCCAGCUGUGGCUGAACUAGUCUACACUCCGGCAAGCUCCAACUCCACGAUAUCCCUCCCCAAGACCCAAUGGAAGACGAAGGGUCGCAAUCUCCUUCCAGAUGAUAAGCACUUCAACUCGCGGCAACUGCUGCGCCUUUUCCUCAAACCAAAGGCCAGAAUGGGCUCUAGAAAAUUGAUUGGCCCACGCAGUUUCAAUCAACGGCGACAAGAGCAAACUUCGGGCAAUGGAGAGAUGGAUGAAGCAUUCUGGGCCAACCAUAAAACUGAAGAGAAUCCUGCUGGCGAUGAAGAUGCUGUUGCUGGAGCAUACGAUGCCAACUUCUUCGCGGACGACGAUGGUCUAGCCUUCCCGAACGGCAUCGGCUUAGACGACGACGACGACAAUCUUCCAUUUGCCGAUGCCAGAGAGAUGUUGUCUCCCGCCGCUGAUGGCCGCCCAGGUACAUCAGUGGGAGAAUCCGGUGGAGCUUCAGGACUAGCUGCCCUCCUGAACAUGGUGGGCGCGACUCCUGGUGGUUCAAGCCUCCAGUCCGGUGCCGGAGGAUUUGGAUCGCAAUUAGUCACGCAAGGUGGUCGACGAGCACGUCCCGACUAUGUUGCCUAUGCUCGCGUCGCCAAGAAGGUUGAUGUUCGCCGACUCAAACAGGAAAUGUGGAAGGGCAUGGGUGACAGGUUGAUAGCCUCCAUGGACUCUGGCCCCGCAACCAGGACUAUGGACAGGAUCCCAGACGAUGAAGAGAUGGAAGAUGAUGGCCCGCCUACGCCAACACCAAUGGAUAAAACCGUACCCCUGGGCCCGAACCUAGACAGCCUGAAAGACGAUGGCGAACUACGAUUCACAGACAUUAUGAACUCACUCAAGACGGUCUAUCCUACGGAAGCUUUGCGUGAUAUCAGCACGUCCUUUGGCUUCAUUUGCCUACUCCAUCUGGCCAACGAGCAGGGCCUCGUGCUACAAAAUGACGACGGCUCCAAUAAUCUCGGCCAAGGCACACUGGAGGAGAUCUUUGUCCGGAGAGACGCCAACGCCGUCGUUCAAGAGGGUGGCAUGUGA